GACCGAGCCCCCUGAGCUCACAAGCGCAGCUCCUGUCUGGCAGGGAGCACACCCGGUUCUUCCUGAGACCCUCCGAGGAGGGAUGUUUUCCCGAUGACAUAGUGUUUGUUGCAGGGACCUCGUUCGUCCCAGGGACUUGUCUCUAAUUUAUCCCAGGAUGGGUUUCUAUAAACAGCCGCUAUUGUCAUACGACAGCCGAACCCUCUCGCUGAACAGAUCGGGAUCCGAUCACCAAAUGCUUCCCUGAGGGCGAGGAUCUAUGAGAAAAGGUAACUCAGGAAACCACUGCAGAUUCGGAGCUGAACCCCCAGCCUUCUAGGAAAGCAGCCAAGGUUGAACGUGCGAGGUUGGACCGGAGCCGUGUUCCUUCGGGAGGACGAUGGCCAGGGCCCGGAGCUGGCAGCAGAGCCCUUGGAAUGCCCUGCUCCUGGUGCUGCUGUGCUCGGGCAGCUGCCGGGCGCAGAGGGACUGCACGGGCGCCGAGUGCCAGCCCCUGGAGAACUGCAUCGAGGACGUGCUGGAGGCCGGCGAGUGCUGCGCCACGUGCCUGCAGCACGGCUGCACCUGCGAGGGCUACCAGUACUACGACUGCGUCAACGUGGGCUUCGUCAACGGCAAGGUGCCCGAGGGACAGUCCUACUUCGUGGACUUCGGCAGCACGGAGUGCUCGUGCCCCAAGGGAGGGGGCAAGAUCAGCUGCCAGUUCAUGCUGUGCCCGGAGCUGCCCCCGAACUGCAUCGACGCGGUGGUGCCGGCGGACGGGUGUCCCCAGUGCGGCCGCAUCGGCUGCCUGCACGAGGGCCACAAGUACGUGGCGGGGCACACCUUCCACAUGCCCCCCUGCAAGGUGUGCCACUGCCCCAACGCCGGCGGGGAGCUGAUGUGCUACCAGCUGCCAGACUGUGACACGUUCGCCUUGAACACGGCCAGCCCGGGGGACGCCGAGGACGGCGAGCCCGAGAGGCACUACGACGAUCCCUACAGCUACGACCAGGAGGCCUCCGAAGGAGACAACACCCAGGUGGAGUCUCCAAAAAAGUACAGGAGUUACUCGUCCGUGGAGCACGAGAGCCUCAGCCAGGAGCAGGGUGAGGACUAUGACUACCUCGCGUCCAGCAUGGCUCCCUCGGCGCUGGCCCUGGCUGACGCCUACACCGAGGGCACGGCCGCGCCCGGCACCACCGCGCUGCCCAGGGGCCCCUCCGAGGUCCGCAGUGCCACGGAGCGCAGCGAGAGGAGGAGGCUGCCCCGCACCACGGCGGCCUCCCUCCAGCAGGUGACACGCAAGGAGGCACCAGCCACCACCAGGGCUCCUCCGCAGCACACCACGGCCACCACCGAGACACCCCAGCGCCUGGAGGAGCUGGAGAGGAGACCGAAAGGGAACAAAGAGAGGCACGAGCAAGAAAGAGCCCCCCACUCCAAAACGAAAAAGCAUGCCAGGAAGGAAGAGCCAGAGAACAGCAUGUAUCAGGACUUGAAAGAGGUGAACUUUACAGAGCCGAGCUGGGCAAGAUCAUCCCAUGAAACCCUCGAGGGGAAUGAUUUCCCCAAGGUGAAGUUCAGUGCAACAACCUCUCCGCCUGUUGCUCUCAAGGAAGACCGUAGCCAGUCCUCCCCAAAGCAGUCCCAGACGCUGUAUCGUUACCAUCCCGAGGAGGACGGGGACCCCAACUCCAUCCACGCUAACCCCAGGCUGCCAGAAGGUUCCACGAAGGAAUUGAUUGAGAGCUGCUGUGGAGCUGGACAGCAGUGGGCUAUAGACAACGGGGAGUGCACAGAAAUCCCUGUAAGUGGCAUGGAUGGUGAUAUUUGCAGGAUUGCCCAGAAGCAGUGCUGUGUGUCCACGGUGAGGGAGAACAGCUGCCUGGCCGGGAUGAUCGCUGCCAAGGAGGGGGACACGUGUGGCCCCGAGGAGAGCGAUCCCUGCGCGGGCUCGUCCUACAAGCAAUGCUGUGACUGCUGCAGCCUGGGCCUGCGGCUGAGGAGUGAGGGGAAAACCUGCGAGGCCAACAUCAACCUGGGCUACCCCUGCAGCCACGUGAUGCUGUCCUGCUGUGAAGGGGGGGAUCACUUCAUCCAUCCAGAGAUAAAGCGGCAUCCUGAGCCUCUGCCAACAGUGACCCCCGAGAAGGUUUCAGAGAGGGAGGAUCACCACGAAGCCUUGUCCAUCAGCAAUGAGGCUGAGCUGUCGAAUAACCUGCCUGGAGAUGACCUGGAUGAGUGUCUGCUCUACGGGGGGGAGCUCUGCCAGCACUUGUGCAUCAACACCGUGGGCUCCUACAAGUGCUCGUGUUUCCCAGAGUUCACUCUGCAGGAUGAUGGCACCAGCUGCUCUCCAGAUCCUGACAGAGGACAGGUGACCAGGCUGGAAGCCGAAGCCACCAUCCCUCCAGUAGCUUCUCCCUCCCAGCCCAUCCUCGUGGUGUCCUUGCAGGAAGAGCAGGACAAGUGCAAAGAUAACGGCCCCUGCAAGCACCUCUGCAACAUCGUGGCAGGAGAUGCUGUGUGCUCCUGCAUGGCCGGGUACACGCUCAUGGCUGAUGGGGUUUCCUGUGAAGACAUCAACGAGUGUGUGACAGAGAGGCACACCUGCCAGAGGAGAGAGCACUGUGUCAACACCAUGGGGUCGUUCCGCUGCGUGCAGGAGCUGAGCUGCCAGCCUGGCCACGAGCUGAAGGAUGGCGAGUGUGUGGAUAUCGACGAAUGCGAGAGAGGAACUCACAGCUGCAAAGUGAACUUUGUGUGUCAGAACACAGAGGGGUCCUUCUACUGCGAGUCAAAGCAGCGCUGCAUGGAUGGGUUCCUGCAAGACCCUGAGGGAAACUGCGUUGAUAUCAAUGAAUGCACAUCUCUCCCUGAGCCCUGUAAGCCAGGAUUCAACUGCAUCAACACCGUAGGGUCCUACACGUGCCAGAGGAACAUGCUGAGCUGCAGCAGAGGGUACCACUCCAACGAGGAGGGCACGCGCUGCGUCGAUGUGGAUGAGUGUCAGACGGGGGUGCACCGGUGUGGAGAGGGGCAGCUGUGCCACAACCUGCCCGGGGGCUAUCGCUGUGACUGCAAGAUGGGCUAUCAGUACGACGCCUUCAGCCGCAGCUGCAUCGACAUAAACGAGUGCUGGAAUUACCCGGGGCGCCUGUGCCAGCACACGUGUGAGAACACCCCUGGCUCCUACCACUGCACCUGCUCCGCCGGCUUCCGCCUCUCCUACGAUGGCAAGCACUGCGAAGAUGUGAAUGAAUGUGACAACAGUCCCUGCAGCCAGGAGUGUGCCAAUGUUUAUGGUUCCUACCAGUGUUACUGCAGGCAAGGCUUCCAGCUGGGAGAAGAUGGGCAUUCCUGUAAAGACAUCGACGAGUGCGCGCAGAGCGCCGGAAUCCUCUGCACCUUCCGCUGCGUCAACGUCCCCGGCAGCUACCAGUGUGCCUGUCCUGAGCAGGGCUACACCAUGGCAGCCAAUGGCAGGACCUGCAGAGAUAUUGAUGAGUGUGCAAUAGGAACCCACAACUGUUCAGCUGCAGAGACUUGCUACAACAUCCAGGGCAGUUUCCGCUGCCUCUCCUUCGAGUGCCCUUCCAACUACAGGAAGGUGUCUGACAUGAGGUGUGAACGCAUCAACUGCUUCAACUACCUGGAGUGCCAGAACACCCCUGUGCGCAUCACCUACUACCAGCUCAACUUCCAGACCAACAUCGUGGUCCCAGCCCACAUCUUCCGGAUCGGGCCCUCCCCCGCCUACGCCGGGGACAACAUCGUCCUCACCAUCACCAAGGGCAACGAGGAGGGCUACUUCAGCACCCGCAGGCUCAACUCCUACACGGGCAUCGUGUACCUGCAGCGGCAGGUCAAGGAGCCCAAAGACUUCCUGUUGGAUGUGGAAAUGAAACUGUGGCGGCAGGGAACCUACACUACUUUUCUUGCCAAAAUUUACAUUUUCAUCACAGCUCAUGCCUACUGAAGCCUGUGCUGACGCUGGAUUUUAUUGGUGCUAUGCUCUUUAACUGUUCUACCAAAGCUUAAUACUGUUGAACUGGCAUUUCAUGUAUCUAGCCUUUAUAUUAUUUUUCUAUCAUUGCUUUAAACUUUUUUAUUGGUUGUGUAAAUUAAGUUAAUUUUUAUCUUUUUAUGUUUUGUUUCCUUAUGCAAUUCUGUACAUCAUCACCUGCCAACGAACGAAGGAAGAGUUAGAAAGGCCUUGUGAUAAAUGCUGGAACCUUUUCUUAGCAGUUAUUUUUAGGUGUAGUCACUUCUGCAGGGUAUUGCACUAGAGAGGGAAGGUGUUCCCAUGGGAGUACUGGGAAAAAACAUUGGGUGAUUCCUCUUUCUGACACCAAGUUCGGGUUUGGCCGGGCCAGUGGCCUCACUGGGGUGUCUCUGCUGAGGGGCUGAGUCCGAGGCCAUCCGUGGACACUGAGGGUGAACCCACCUCCUGCUCCCGGGUUAUUUUCCUCCUUCCAACUUUCAUAAUAUGUUGCCUUAAAAUAUAUAUAAAUAAAAGGAAACUCCACCAGUGAAAAAGCCUAUGGAUGAGUCUUGCUUUAGUAGGAUUGCUCGUGUGCGAAGUAUUUGCAAGACCAAGGCCUUUCCAGAAUGUUAUACUUCAAGGUAAAAGCUCACAUUGCCAUUUUUAGUAGUUGUCUUUAAAGGUGUUGGUGUUCCUCUGUUCCUCACUCUGUUAUAUAUAAGUGCAGAUUUGAUGCUUUAUAAUUCUUAAAGGAGCGUCCAAAUGGAAACAAUGAAAUAAUCAUUACUGCUCUGGAUUUUAAAGCUUGGGCAUGUCCCUGAGCAAUCCCUUUCAAUUUUAAAUAGACAAAAAGGGGUAUUGCUUCUCUGCUUCAGGGAAAUUCCUCCAGUUGUGUUGCCAAAUGAUGCAGAGAAAAAUGCCAGUGAAACUGGUGGGUUGCAUUUUGCCAUUUAGAAAAGAGCACAACCAAAGUUUUGAGCUCAAUUUCUUCUGAUUCUUCAGGGAGCUGGGUGAAGUCCAAAGCUGGAGGCCAGAUCUGGCACAGCAUAAUAUAAUCAAAGUGUUUAUUAGAAUUUAGAAAUGAAGAUCAGAACUUCUUUGUGGCUGUUUUCUUUUUUUUCCCAUUCCCCAAAAAGCUCCAGUGUUGCAAUUUCCUGAGCUUCCUUUGUUCCAGCUGUAAUUAUUCUGCAAAAUGUUUUGAAGCAAAAGCAUAGCUACAGAAUAUGGAUUGUUUAUUGCACUGCAGUUUAAUAAUCCUGGAAUCCCAGGUUGGAUGGGACCUCCAGGAUCAUCUGAUCCAUCCUCUCUUGGGAAAACAAUAACCUGUUCUUUUUUACAGUCAAUCUUAUUUCGAUCAAUGUGUACACAGGAGGAAAUGGGGGAGUUAAAUCUUAGGAGGUUUUAUGCCAUAUUCAACCAUUUUAUUACACUGUAAAAGACUGCAUCUAAAGAUCUUGUAAACAUCACCUAUAUGGUGAGAGUUAAUGUUCUGUAUUCACUAUGUCCCCAGGCCAGUCUCUACCACUUCAAGUCACUCCUUUAAUUUGGACGUUCUUAAAAUAAAGGGCAAAUCUUUCUGUAUCUGAGAUCAUAAAAUCACGUUAGCAGGGAAAAAUUAUUUAUGUUCCCCAGCUGUAAAACAAGGACUGUCUGUGAGCUUGCAGACAUCAAACUUCUGGUUUUUUUCUAUAAAAAUCAUUUAGUAAAAGA